CCGAAGUGCAUCAAAUCACAGGGACAGAACGUCACCAUCACAAUCGGCAGGCCAUGGAUACCGAGGGAUCCCAACAUUUAUGUUCAUUCUUGGGGAGGGAAUAACACCAGGAGAGGCUUUCUCCCUAAGGGCCACCUUCAGGAUGAAAUCCAGCUGCCGCAGAGCAUCUCCUGAAGCCUUGCUCUCCACAGGUGCCUGACUCAGGAGAAGACUCGGGGCAGGACUUCUGUCUGCCCAGGAGACAAUUCCUUUCAACAACUUCGCAAGCCCCGUCCUCACCGAAGAAGCCGCUUUAGGUGCGGGGGCCGUGCGGAGGAUGCACAUGCCGGCUUCCCGAGGCAGGACGCCCGUCGGGGGUCCUCUCCCCUUGGCCCAAGAGGGAAAGGCUGCCCGGGGCGGCGGCAGCAGCCGGCCAAGCUGCAGCGGCCACCAGGUAGGGGCGAUCCCGCCGAGCCCCCGCGCCGGCCGCGCAGCAUCCCGCGCCGGGCGGAGCGCGUACUCACGGCUGUGCGGGGCCCCGGCACAGGGGCCCGGCGAGGACGAGGAGGAGGAGGCGGAGAGCGGGCAGGUGAACCCCCGCGGCAGCUGUCUCCCCGGCCGCUGCUGCUGGAAGCCGCCCGGCCUCUCUACUCCCGGCCUUCGGCAGGGCCUGAGCCCCCUGCGCCCGCCGCCGGCGUGGGAGGGCUCGGCGGGGCCGCAGGCGGGGGAGCCGCUCCGACCGGCUCCGGGGAGCGAGGGAACGAGCGCGGGAGGGAGGGAGCGAGGGAGGAGGCAGGAGGCAGGACAGCUCCCGGCCCCGGCCCGCCCUCCGUCUGCGGAUCCGCCGAGGGGAAGCCGAGCGGCGCCGGCUGUCGGGGUGCUCCGUGCCUCGCUGCCCGGGAAACUUCGGAAGCUCGCCGGGGAGCGCCUGUCCCCUGCCCCGAGGGGCGCUCCGGUGGAGGGAAGCGUCCCCGUGCGCACCAGCUGGAUGGCGCGGACCCUGAGACCCGACGACAUCAACCCCCGGACGGGGCUGGUGGUGGCUCUGGUCAGCGUCUUUCUGGUGUUCGGCUUCAUGUUCACCGUGUCUGGCAUCAAGGGAGAGACCCUGGGAGACAUCCCGCUGCUGGCCAUCGGGCCGGCCAUCUGCCUGCCGGGCAUCGCCGCCAUCGCCCUCACCAGGAAGACCGACGGCUGCACCAAAUGUCCCGAGAACAUGCGUCCGUGCUGUAAGGAAGUCAAGGACCGGGAUGUCUUGGAGCUGCUAAGGACCCCUUCCGACCUGGAGUCUGGCAAGGGAAGUUGUGACGAGCUGGCCAGGAAAGCUUACCGCAAGGACAGGAGAGGGCUGAGGGGAGAGGACACCGUGUUCAUCUGCACCACCAGCACCGCCGCCGCUGCCACGGCAGAGUGCAAGACCCUCACCAAAAAGGUGGAGCAGGAGGAGAUGCUGAAAUACCUGGAGAGCUGUUACCCAGAGAUGCCAGAGAACGUGUUCGUGGGAGACGGCUCCACAUACAGUGCCUUGGAGAAGAAGAGCUCUUCUCCCAGCAGGGACAGCAAUCCUUGCCCUGACAUUGAAGACAACAUUUUUGUGGCUCCUAAAGAUAGUGUCAUUGUCUGCUCUUACAAGGAUAACAGCCCUUAUGACAGGUACUGUUGUUACAUAAACCCCACUGGAGUCAAUUCAGACCCAGAGACCAUUGUGUGAAAGAUGCAUACUUUAUGUAUAUGUAUGUAUACAAAAACUGCAACUUCAGCUUCUUGAUAGGGGAUAAUAUAGCUGACUGCAUGGGACAAUCCUGAUACUAUUUCAAUUUAAAGUGGUAUGUGACUGAUACUCAAACCUUU